AUGGCCGAAACUUAUACCGUGCCCUUCUUCAUCAACGGCGAGGAAGUCCGCACGUCCAGGACUUUUGAUGUCACGUCCCCAGCAACCCAAAAGGUUGUGCACAAGUGCAGCAGCGCUACGGAUACCGAGGUUCAGGCUGCCGUGAAGGCCGCGGCACAAGCUUUCAAGACAUGGAGGAAAUCACACCCUAACCAGCGUCGUGACCUUUUCCACAAGGCGGCCGAGAUCUUGGAGAAGAGAAAGGAGGAGUUGGGCCAGUACGUGAUGGACGAGACGGGUGCUCCACGCCAAUGGGCCGACUUCAACAUUCAGGUUGCCAAGGACUUGUUGAUGGAUGUGGCCGGGAGAUGCAACACGUUGGAAGGGUCGUUCCCCGUAGUCAACGACCCCGAAUCGGGGGCCCUCGUCUUGCAGGAGCCCUAUGGCGUUAUCCUCGCCGUCGCCCCUUGGAACGCCCCCUACAUUCUUGGUAUCCGCUCCAUCCUCUACCCCAUUGCCGCCGGCAACACCGCCAUCUUCAAGGCCACCGAGCUCUGCCCACGCACCAUGUGGGGCCUCUGCUCCGUCUUCCACGAAGCCGGCCUCCCCAAAGGCGUCCUCAACAUGCUCGUCCACGAGCCCGCCAACGCCCCCGCCAUCACCAGCUCGCUCAUCUCCAACCCGCAGAUCAAGAAGGUCAACUUCACCGGCAGCACUGCCGUCGGCCGCAUCAUCGGCCGCCUGGCCGGCGAGAACCUCAAGCCCGUGCUGCUCGAGCUAGGCGGCAAGGCCUCGGCCAUCGUCUGGGAGGACGCCGAGCUCGACAACGCCGCGACCCAGUGCGCUCUGGGCGCCUUCCUCAACUCGGGCCAGAUCUGCAUGUCCACCGAGCGUAUCCUGGUGCACAAGUCCGUCCGCGCCGAAUUCGAGAAGAAGCUCGUCCGCGCCGUCGAAAACAUCUUUGGGCCCCCGACGCCCGCACCGGUCCUCAUCAACUCCCUCGCGGUCGCCAAGAACAAGAAGCUCCUUGAGGAUGCCUUGUCCAAGGGCGCCAAGCUGCUGUACGGCAACCCUGACGCCCAAGAAGAGACCACAACGCGCAUGCGCCCGGUCAUUGUAAGUGGAAUUACCACCGACAUGGACAUCUACAAGACCGAGAGCUUUGGGCCCACGGUGGCCGUGUAUGAGAUCGAGACCGAGGAGGAGGCGCUAAGGAUCGCCAACGAUACCGAAUACGGAUUGACGAGCGCCGUGUUUACGGAGGACUUGAGAAGGGGAUUGCGCAUGGCCAAGGAGAUCGAGACGGGCGCGGUGCACAUUAAUAGCAUGACGGUGCAUGAUGAGGCAACGCUGCCCCACGGUGGCGCGAAGGAGAGCGGAUAUGGGAGGUUUAAUACCAACCGGGGGUUGGCGGAGUGGGUUAAGAGUAAGACUGUUACUUUCAAGUUUUGAGUUCGAGUUUGCGAAGUAGGGGCUGGGUAGAUGAGGGGG